AUGGCAAACAAGUUUGGAUUAGGGUCUUUACCUCUAGAAUCUAAAAAUCCCAUGAGUUCUACGGCGUUUAUAAACAAAGCGAAACUUUUUUUCGUGGAUCAAAUCGGAGACACCUUACAAGGGGAUAUCGAUAUGAACAAUUUCAAAAUAACUAAUUUAAAGUUUCCAGGAAACGAUGCCGUGAACAAGAAAUAUUUACUGGAUCAAAUAAACGCAAUUCAAAUAGAUAAGGACCAUGUUGAAAAUAGAAUAAAUGACGUGAAAAGAUUCAUCAGACGAAAUAUUAAAAAUCUUGUGGACGAACCCAAACUACAACAAGAGUUAACGAGUUUGAAACGUCUUAUUCAAGUGGAUAAAACAAGUCAGUUGCAAAAUUUAAUAUCUAAAUUAGACGAUAAGAUUACGAAGAAUAUACGUUUGAUUGAUAAAAGGGAUCAGGAAAUUGAAACGAAAAAUGGUAAAUAUGUAGACACCUUUAAAAUGGAAGUAGAAAAUGAUAAGGAUAUCAUUGGAAUCAAAGAUUUGGAUAUGAUAUUGGAGACGGAAAAUCCACCAUUAACCAACAUUGUCAAAAUUCCACCAUCACUUAUAAUACCCGUAUACGUACCCGGACCAAUAGAAUCGAGCAGUCACGAGUUUUUACGAACAACAGACUUUGAAUACAUAAAACUGUAUUUUGUUUACGAUGGAAAAUACACCUCGAUCGAUGUUCAUAAAAGUCAACAAGAAAGAGAGUUUAUAGUACAUUUAUCGUUUGCCGAAGGUUCCGACUCCAUCCUUGAAGGUGGUGGUUUUAUUUCUAGAGCCAAGAUAAACAUCGAAAAAGAAAAAAUAAAAUAUUCCUAUCAUCUUAAAGAGGAACAUACGAAAAAAGAAAUGUCGUUAGUACGCGUAAAUGUUUUUACUUUUAAUACCCGCAAAUAUAAUAAUGCUAGGCCAAACAAGUACGUUCUAUACGAUAUUCCGUGGUUCCAUUUAUCGGAAAUUCACUUAAUUUAA